CCGUACGGCGAGUCGGGGACGGCGGGGCCCCGAGCCGUGUCCGGUCCGGCCGUUUCCCACCCGCAGUAGCGGGGCUCCGCCGGGUCAGUCAUGGCUAGUACUGUGAUAGCGGUUGGUCUGACAAUAGCUGCUGCUGGAUUUGCAGGUCGUUAUGCAUUACAAGCUAUGAAGCAAAUGGAACCACAAGUAAAACAAGCCCUUCAGAAUCUGCCAAAAUCUGCCUUCAGUGGUUAUUACAGAGGUGGAUUUGAUCCCAAAAUGACCAAACGAGAAGCAGCUUUAAUAUUAGGAGUGAGUCCUACAGCCAAUAAAGGUAAAAUUAGGGAGGCUCACAGACGGAUCAUGCUUUUGAAUCAUCCAGAUAAAGGUGGUUCUCCCUAUGUGGCAGCCAAAAUCAAUGAAGCUAAAGAUUUACUGGAAGGCCAAGCUAAGAAGUGAAUGUGGAUAUUUAGUUGUAAAUUAAUGGUUUAGUUUAUGUAUAUGAAUAUCAGUUUUGAUAACUGACCCAAGGAAAGUUGACACCAAUCUUUUUUACUUGAUCAAUGAUUAAACUAAUGCAGGGAACCCUCCCUUCUCUUCUCCCCCCCCCCCCCCCCCAUCUUGGUUGCAUCAUGUAUAUCUUGUUUUGGGGAGGGUGGGGGCUUACAAACAGUACUUUUCCAAAAGUGAUUCUAAGCCACUAUCUCUAGUAGUGGUACAAUUUACCUCUAAUUCAAAGUAUUUUUCCUAGGAUGACAUGGGAAAUACUGUGAUUUGGUCUGGCUAAUCUAUAUUCAGACAAACAGCCUGACGGUCUUGAGCACUCUGAAAAUGUUGAAUUUCUGUUUAACCAGGUACAUUUUUGAAAUUCAUGCUGCUAUGGCUUAAUAUCCCAAAGUUAGCAAGAUGAUACUAAUAAGAGAAAAGGCUGGGUUGAAACUACCCAAGGAAAAUCAUGGGGAUUUAUUUGCACAAUAGGAAUAAAGCAUUUAGAAAUUCUUAGUUACAUUAAUGCGACAUGUAAAAUGGAGAAAGUGGAAUGUACUGAAUUCUCUUGUAAGAUAACUUGUAUUAACUUCCAAAAACAAGUUGGACAUAGUCAGUGCUAUUGAUUUGUCUCCAUGUAUUUUUUACUUAUUUCUACACUGGUUUUCAUUAUUUUUACUGAUUCCACUGCAUUUAAAUAAAAUGACAAACUUAUACUUC